AUUAAAAGCGUAUUAAGUGUUUGAUGAUUCUGCGACAGAUCAGCAAUAGAUCGAUACUAAAUUUGAUAAAUCCAGGUGUUCCUUGUGGGUUACCGUUCCGUGCUCUCCUCCCCAAGCCGACCCACUCCGUUAUAAAAACCCUAGAAGUGAUCUCCCCUUUCCUCUGCAAUCGCCGAUUGCUCGCAUCUGGCGUAAGCUCCGGAGAUCGAACUCUCUCUCUCGGUUGCAAUCGCAGAUCGAAUCACCACACGAUGGCGAAGAGUCCCUUCAAGCUCGAACAUCCCUUUGAAUGGAGGCAAGCUGAAGCUGUUCGUAUCAGGGAGAAGUACCCUGAUAGAAUACCUGUGAUUGUGGAGAAGGCUGACAGGAGUGAUAUCACAGAUAUUGAUAAGAAGAAGUACUUGGUUCCUGCUGAUCUAACAGUUGGUCAAUUUGUUUAUGUUGUUCGGAAGAGGAUUAAGCUCAGUGCAGAGAAGGCCAUCUUCAUUUUUGUUAAGAACACACUACCACCCACAGCUUCAAUGAUCUCUGCUGUGUACGAGGAACACAAAGAUGAAGAUGGUUUUCUUUACAUGACAUACAGUGGUGAAAACACAUUCGGUUCCUCUUAAUAUCAUUGGACAAAUCUAAAUUUGUAUAGCUGCUUAAGAAUGUUGGCACCACUGCUUUCUUCUAUGGAUUGUAACUUCGAAAUAAUGACUUUAUGGAUAGUUAUUUCAACUUAAAAUGAAAUUUUCAAUGUGAUUAUUGUUUCUGUUGAGCAGUUCUGUGAUGGUUGGUGGAGCUAAAUAUAUCUUGAAAUUUCAUCUGAA